AAUCGUGGAAUUUUUAUCUACACAAACAUAUAUAUUCAUUGGAAAAAUAAUCGAAUGUAUAUUUCGAGGCUGACUGACAUAUAUAUACGGAAAACUAAAUUAACAACAAAUAAAAAUUGGCUCCUUAAAAUUGUUGAUAUACUGUUUAUUGAUAUAGACUGUCCUCUUUAGUCUUCAAAAAAGUAUUUUAGAAAUUACCAAAAUAAAAUAAAGAUGCCAUUAACAGCAGAGAGUGCUGCUUUACAAAUACAAGACCAUCUCAAAGCACUUCAGCGGAUUAUACAUGAAAUAGAAGAUGAAAGAAGACGUUGUGAAACGAAUUUAAAUGGAAUAAUAAGAGCUCAGAUGUCGAAUUUGCCACCACAAAAACUCAAGAGCCUUUAUAAAACAGGUCUACAAGAUGCAGCUCAGGAAGAAUUCGUCAUAAGACAAGCUCUAUCUAGGAUUCAGGACAUUAGAAAUAUCCGAAAUGAACGUCGUAUUCAAGCUAGAAAUGCUGGCAACAAAGAAGCAAUUCGUCGUGGAGCACAGUUGAAAAUGCUUCAGAUAUCAGCUCAGACUCUUCCACUUUUUGUGAGCAAACCCGGCGAAAAGGUUCCUCCACUGUGCGGAGCUGUACCUGCAGAAAGUAAUUAUAUUGCAAAAGCUGGCGAUAUUGUUGCUGCUGUGGUUAAAGGUGAUGACGAAGAAUGGAUCCUCGCUGAAGUGGUGCAAUUUUUGAGUGGACAAAACAGAUACGAGGUUGAUGAUAUCGAUGACGAGCAAAAAGAUCGUCAUGUUCUUAGUAAACGUAAAAUUAUUCCCCUACCUUUGAUGAGAGCCAAUCCGGAGACUGAUGGACACGCACUUUUUCCAAAAGAUACAAUGGUAAUGGCACUGUACCCGCAAACCACCUGCUUUUACAAGGCAAUCGUAUGCAGACUUCCCCAAACUGCAACAGAAGAGUAUGAGCUUCUUUUUGAGGAUAGCAACUACCCAUCUGGAUUUUCACCGCCACUUUCGGUUGCCCAAGGAUAUGUUAUUGCCUACAAGCCCACUAAAAAAAAUGCUGGAGGUGUCUCUUCUGUCUGACAUCAAAUGGUUCCGGAAAAUUUAUGCGAAAACUUGUAGCCGGAAAAUUAAAAACAAUCUGUAUAAUACGAAUAUUAUAUUAAUUAUAUAAAAAUAAAUCUUAUGUUUAAUUAUA